UAGCGUUCUCGCGAUAAGUCAAAUACUUCAACGUAGCUUCACCAAAGGAAAGCGAAGAGGUGUGCUGGCUUCGGCGACCACUUUUUGCAGGAGAAAUGACUAUAAAACUUACUCCUGGGGCAAUACAAGCCCUGAUCAGAGGCAUUGAGCUGUCCAAUCCUGUUCUGCAGCUGCUGAAAAUGCGAAUGGUCAGUAAUGCCUCUGGUCCGCCGAGGUUCCGGCUCAUGAUGAGCGACAGUCGGCACUCGUACGCUUCUUUCCUGCUAGCGACACAGUUAAACCAUCUGCCAGAGGAGAACCUCCUGGAACCAAACUGUGUGUGUAAGGUGAAGAAGGCUGUCCGCAACACAAUGUCAGAUGGCCGAUCUGUGUUAGUCGUGGUGGACAUGGAGAUAUUGCAUUCUGCAGAGGAAGCAGGAGGGAAGAUUGGCGAUCCCAUUCCAUAUAAUACAGAUGGUAUGACUUCACCUCAGCAGGAUCCGGACUCUUCUGUCUCAGCUUCCCCCCCACCUGCUGCAGUACCUGGACCGUCCUAUAGGAACAACAGCAGUCACGGAGGAGGCUUUGCAGGAAAGUCAACCAUGAAAGUGAAUACUUCACCCAUGAAUACUUCACCCAUGAAGACUUCACCUAUGAAGUUUUCCCCCAUGAAGGCUUCACCAAUGAAGACUUCACCUAUGAAGUUUUCCCCCAUGAAGGCUUCACCAAUCAAGGUUUCUACAAUGGCGGCUUCCCCGAUGAAAGCUUCACCUAUGAAGGCUUCACCCUUUAAAGCUUCCCCAAUGAAAGUUUCCCCCAUGAAGGCUGCCAGCACUUCUCCAGGCUCUUCGACAAAAGUGAUUCCUAUCGCUCAACUGAACCCGUACCAAAGCAAGUGGACCAUCAGAGCCCGAGUCACAAACAAGUCCAGCAUCCGCAACUGGAGUAACUCUAAAGGAGAGGGCAAGCUCUUUUCCUUUGAUACAGUGGACGAGAGUGGGGAAAUCAAGAUCACGGCCUUCAACAAGGAAGUUGACAAGUUCUACUCUCUAGUGGAGCAAGGCAAGGUGUACUACAUCACCAAGGCGACGCUGAAGGUGGCCAACAAACAGUACAGCUCACUGAACAACGACUACGAGAUGACCCUCCACUCCAACUCGUCCAUCGUGCCAUGUGAUGAUGGUCAGGGCAUCCCUGCGGUGCACUGUGACUUUGUGCCCAUCGCAGAGCUGGAGAACAGAGACAAUAACGACAUUGUUGAUGUGAUUGGAGUGUGUAAGAGUGCAGAGGACGUGUCCCGGAUCACCACUAAGAGCAGCAGAGAAGUCUCCAAGAGGGCCCUCAGCUUAAUAGACACAACUGGCAAAGUGGUGACGGCCACAUUGUGGGGAGAGGAGGCUGAGAAGUUUGACGGCUCAGGGCAGCCAGUGGUUGCAAUCAAAGCAGCUCGCGUGUCUGAUUUUGGGGGGAGAUCUCUCUCCGCUUUGUUCAGUUCAACAGUCUUGGUAAACCCGGACAUACCCGAGGCCUUCAGACUGAGGGGCUGGUUUGACCAGGAAGGCUGUAAGCUCAACAGCCAAUCCCUGACAGAGAUGAGGUCAUCGGGAAGCAGAGCAAAAACAAACUGGAAAUCACUGAGCGAUGUUAAAGAGGAACACAUGGGACAUGGAGAGAAGGCGGACUAUUUCAGCUGUGUGGCAACCGUGGUGUACACUCGUAAGGAGAAUUGUCUGUACCAGGCCUGUCCGUCCGGUGACUGCAACAAAAAGGUCAUAGACCAGCAGAAUGGAUUUUACCGUUGCGAAAAGUGUAACAGAGAGUACCCCAACUUCAAAUACAGGCUCCUUCUUUCAGCCAACUUAGCAGACUUCGGGGAUAACCAGUGGGUGACAUGCUUCCAGGAGACAGCUGAGGUCUUGUUAGGUCACAGCGCAGAAACGCUGGGACAGCUCAGAGACACAGACGAGGCUGCAUUUGAUGAAGUCUUCCAGAAAGCCAACUUCACAACUCACAUCUUCAAAAACCGAGUCAAGCUGGAGACGUACAACGACGAGGUCCGAUUGAAGGUAACUGCACUGGAAGUCCAACCCAUCGACCACAGGGAAUACAGCAGGAGACUCCUCAGCAAUAUCCGCAAACUGGCCGGGUAAACUGGUCCCAGUCAUCCAAACAGCCGCCUGAUGAUUAAACCAGUCUUCCGCUGAUCUCUGACUGGUUUUCGACUUUUUCCACCAGUGAGAUAACAGCAUAUCUGACUGAGGCAGCAGAUGGGUAGUCAGUGAUUCAUCAUGUUUAAAUGGCAGCCAAGCAAAAGACUAACAUUAAAUUUUUUUUUUUUUUUUUUUUAACUGGCCUGUUGUAAAACACCAGAAUUUUUACUUUGACCUUUUAAUUUAAUAACCGUUUAAAGAAGAGGUUUGAUAAGACUGUUUUAAUGUAUAUACAUUAUUUUUAUCAUGUUUCAUAUGCACUCUAAAAUCAGGGUUUUCUCUUGUUUGAUUCAUAUGAUUCAUGUCUUUGGUUUCAGAUUAGUUGUUGCCCAGAGUGAGAUAUGUGAGAUGUAGAUGAGUCAGAUUUAUUUAAUUUUUAUUGUUUAAAAAAAGACAGCGUGGGAGAUGCACGUGUUAGCAAUUGUUUUAACGUCUGAUUAUCUUUUAUGCUUGUUCAACUUAUUCUUUAUUUGAGUGUUGAGGCUGUGGGUUUGCUUUGUGGGCUUCCAAAACAAUGUCAUACAAGAAAAGAGUGAUUAAAAGAAAGUUCACGUA